AUGCGGUUCGUUGCUGCUAUUUUCCCUCUGCUUUCGUGGACAGUGCCGGGGGUGUUGGGGGUGCCUCCCAGUACUACCACCAGCACGUUUACACCCAAUCCAACGAGUACCCUCGCUUAUCUUGCACAUCCACCCCCGACCUACCAGCAGCCGGCGGUCGACCUAUUAGCCGGCUUGACAGAACUCCAGCGUCGGGUUGACCAAGGCCUCUUUGCAAACGAAUACGAGUUCGAGGUCGCUCUCAAUGGGCUGGUGUCUUCAGCACACGACGGCCAUCUGAAUUUGAAUGGCGGUGUGCUAGAGAACUUUAUAUUCGCAGCGCCGGUCGAUAUCGUAUCGGUAUCGUUGGAUGGAUUAGAAUUACCAAAGGUUUAUGUCGCACAUGAUUUGCUCCUUAACCAAAGCUAUCCGAAUCUUUGUACGGGCCCUAACGAGAACGAACCUCCUAGUUGCUGGGAACCAUCACCCAUUGUCAGUAUCAAUGGCCAAGAUGUUGUUGACUAUCUGACCGAAUUCGCCAUUACCAACUCCUUUGGCAAUCUGGAGCCCCAUUCAGACUGGAAUAUGCUGAUGAGAAGUGCUGCAUUGGACAAUCAAGGAUAUCUAGAAGUGUUCGCCGCGGCCAGUGUCUACCCUGGCGAUACGAUGGCCAUAACAUUUGAAAAUCAAACCGUGACUCCCCCUCUCCCAUGGAUAUCCCUUUAUUACACCCAACUCGAUACGGGACCCCUCGAAACGGGCGGCGACUUUUACAAUUUCUUUGUGCUAGGCUGGUACCCGGAUUCCUACGACCCGUACAACACCACAGACGACACGACGGCAACUGGAACCCCAUCAAGCAGCAUUGUUUCUUUGCCUAUCUCAACACCAGGCCCCUCGGAUGUGCCGUCUCCUGAAGACACCGCGCCCUACCCUCCCCUGGUCGAUAUCGCAAUGGAGCCUAGCUCGGAAUUUGAUGGAAUGUCCUUGCGCGGAUAUUUCCUCAAUCAAUCCUCUUUAGCAGUCUUGGUUAUUCCCUCUUUUACAUACUAUGGAGAGAGCGCUGAGUCAUUCAGCAAUGCAGUGAAAGCAUUCAUACAGCGCAGUCGCAGGGCAGGACUAAGAAAAGUCGUCAUCGACGUGCAGCAGAAUGCUGGCGGGGAAACCCUCCUAGCGAUCGAAACAUUCAAACUGUUCUUCCCUGUCGAUGAACCGUUCGCAGGAAGCCGCCGGCGCGCGCAUCCCAUGGCCGACGCCCUGGGGUCUACCAUCACAGACUACUGGAAUAAUCUCGACCUAGUCAGUGACAACUAUACCUGGUUAUCUACGGACGAAUGGGUUGUCACGGAUCGCAUCGACGCUGAAUCUGGCGACAACUUCACCUCAUGGCAGGAGUAUUUUGGACCAGCCAGUACCUACCAUAGUGAUAACUUCACCAAGGUCGAGCAGUUCAACCUGACCAGCGAUACCUUCGACUUGGAGGCACUCGGUACGGUGGUAGACGGCUGGCAAACGCCGCAGGCAGCCUUCGCGGCCGAAGACAUCAUUAUCCUCAGCGACGGUCUCUGCUCAUCAGCAUGUGCCCUCUUCAUGGAAAUGAUGCACCAUGACGCCGGCGUACGCACGGUAGUAGCAGGAGGUCGACCCAGCCACGGGCCCAUGCAAUCACCAGCGGGCACUCGUGGCGCCUCGGGAUAUUCAAAUGAUCAACUGGACAACGACAUAGCAUUGGCAAAAGAGCAGGACCCCUCUCUAGGAAGCCGACUGCCCGACCGAACACUCGAUUACUACAUCUCCUACGCGAGCGUCAAUCUCCGUGAUCAGGUGCGUCAGGAUGACACGGAACGAACGCCCCUCCAGUUCCUCUACCAGCCAGCCGACUGUCGUAUUUUCUACACGCCACAAACCUGGUAUAACUUCACCAACCUGUGGAACUACGCCGCGGAGGCCACAUGGCAGAAUCCCGCACUUUGCGUUCUGAAUUCCACUUCUAAAUUCCCGCGUCCCGCUCCUCCCCCACCACCAUCCAAGCAGGCCCUUAGUCCAUCCGACGGGACGGUAGAUGGUAAUCAUGCUGCAUCCGACUCCUCGGUCGAUAUCGACGACCCGUUCAACGACAUUCUCGGAGCCGUGACAGGUAUCCGGAGUCCUCAGGGUAUACCAUGCACAUCCGAGAUCGAUUGCAAGGGUGGGGCGGCUACUUUCUACUGUCGCGAAGCCAAGGGUUGUAAACAAGGCAAACCUCAAUGGUUCCGGCAAUGCCUUCGGGAAUGUUCUUCUAGUAUGAGACCUGGCAACUGCAAUUGUCGAGUGCAACGAAAAAACAGCAACGUAGUUGAUUACGAGCGUUUGUAUAAUAUCGGCUAUUGUCUACCGCGCCUUGAUGCCUGUACUGUUAAGUCGUACCACGCUUGGCCAUAA